AUGGAGAUGAAAAAUCACGCGGGAAAUCAGCAAGACAACAUGAAAGAGUCUUCUAAUUCUUCCUCCGAGUUGGAGAAGAAAGAAGCGGCGGCGUUAUACGCGAAGAUUGUGUUCGGGAUAAUAGCCUACGCCUCGUGUUCAUCCAUGAUGCUCAUCAUAAACAAACUCGCGGUGACGUUUUUACCGGCACCGUCGGUGGUUUUGUUCUGCCAGUUGCUCACCUCCGCGGUGGCGAUUAAGUUAAUGCACGAAGGCGGAUUGGUGGAAUCGGACCCGUUGAUCGCGGAGAAAGUGAAACCGUUCAUGUUAGUCGCGAUUGCGUUUUUAGGGGCGUUGUAUACCAACGUGAAAACGCUGCAAUACGCGAACGUGGAGACGUUCAUCGUGUUUCGAUCGUCGACGCCGAUUUUGAUCGCGUUCUUGGAUUACGUUUUUUUAGGGAGACAGUUACCGAAUAUGCGAAGUUGGUUAUCGCUGAUGGCGAUAUUGAUGGGCGCGAUCGCGUACGUGUUUACGGAUUCGAACUUUGAAGUGAAGGCGUACACGUGGGUGAUGGCGUGGUUCGUCGUGUUCGCGUUUGAUCAGGUGUACAUUAAGUUUGCGGUGGAUAACGUCAAACUGACUCCGUGGGGGAGAAGUUACUACACCAACUUAUUGGCGGUAGUGCCGGUAUUUUUGUUAGGCGUGGUGACGAGAGAGCACGAGAUUUUAACCGACUUUGAGUGGUCGACGGCUUCGAUUUUCGCGUUGAGCGCGUCGUGCGUCGCGGGGGUUUUGAUGUCGUACUCGCAGUUUUUGUUGAGAGGGUUGAUUUCAGCGACAAGUUUUACCGUGGUUGGAACGAUGUGUAAGAUUGGGACUGUGAUUAUUAAUUGCAUGAUUUGGGAUAAACAUGCGAGCAUGGAAGGGUUGAUUGCGUUAUUCAUUUGUAUUUUUUCCGGAUUGUUUUACCAACAAUCACCGCUGCGGAAUCCGAUUCCAACGCACACGCGGAAUUAA